AUGACAGGUGAGGCGCCGGUCCCCCGCCGCCUUCCCUCCGGACGCUUGUUGUCGGGAGUUGUUUUUGGGUCUUGAUUUGCAUCGAUUGUCGAUUUCAUGUCUUUCGCUCAAUUUCAUCCCUUUUUGUCGUAGCGCUGCGUCAAGGAAGAGAGAAGCCGGACCCUUUGCCAACUUUAAAUUGGGUUUCGGAAUUAAUUUGGCGUCCGUGGCUCAGGAAUCGCUGAGUCGAGCGAGGAGGAGAAGGUCCCAGGUUGGAGCCGAAUUGGAGUCAGUGGGGCCGAAAAAAAGAAGUUACCGAUUAUCAAAGUACUUUUCCAGAACAACGACUUUGUGUCUGUCGUCGAGAACAAUGCGAUGACUCCAUGCGGAAAUGUUCGCACUUUCUCGAACCCGAGUUGGAGGGCUCAUCCGUCGGCCUCAGGAGUUUUUGCGCUGGAGGGUGCCGAGAUUCUGAAUGCAAUUUUGUUUUUGAAACAAGGUUAA